GCUGGGCACCUGGAACUCUUUGGACUUAGUUACACAGAAAUGGGGCAGAGGCACACGGAAAAAGAGAUACAUGCCAAGGCUUUGAUGUGAAGCAGGCAGGAGGAAACAGGCACAUUACAGUGACUUCUAAACCUGUGCCAGUGACACAUUUCAGAGCUGUUCCUAUGGGGUCAUGGUGACAGCCAACCCCAGCUGCUCCCCGAGGAGAAGGCUCUGACAUCCUGGUCUGGCUAGGGAUGCUGUGGGACCCCACAAGCAAUCAUCUAAACCCCAUGGCUGAUGUUGGUUUUUCUCUCCCCCUCCUCUCUGAGCAUGCAGGAGGGAAGAUACUCGGGGUGCUGGCUCUGUUUCUGGUGAUGGUUUGGUACUCGAUCUACCGGGAAGACAGGUACACACAGCUCUUUUAUUUCCCUGUGCAAGAAAACAACAAGACAACGUGUCCCCUUGGGGAGGUGGAAAAGAAAGCGGCGCAGCUCAUCGGGAACUACACGAGAGACCACCCACUGUUCUUGCAGCUGAAGGAUUAUUUUUGGGUGAAGACGCCGUCGCUCUACGAGCUGCCCUACGGCACCAAGGGAAGUGAAGACGUCCUCCUGCACCUGCUGUCCAUCACCCAUCACUCCCUGCCCGAGAGCAUCCAGAGCUUGAAGUGCCGGAGGUGUGCUGUGGUGGGCAACGGCCACCGGCUCCGCAACAGCUCCAUGGGGGACACCAUCAACACCUACGAUGUCGUGAUCAGGCUGAACAACGCCCCAGUCCAUGGUUAUGAGCAGGACGUGGGCUCCAAGACCACCAUGCGCCUCUUCUACCCGGAGUCAGCUCACUUCGACCCCCGGGCCGAGAACAACCCUGACACGCUGCUGGUGCUCGUGCCCUUCAAGCCCUCGGACUUCCAGUGGAUGGAGGCCAUCCUUAAUGACAAGAAGAGGGUUCGGAAAGGGUUUUGGAAACAGCCCCCGUUGAUCUGGGACGCCAACCCGGAGCAGGUGCGUGUCCUCAAUCCCUACUACAUGGAAGUCACUGCUGCUAAACUGCUCAACCUCCCCAUGAAGCAACCACGGAAAGUCAAACAGAAGCCCACCACGGGGCUGCUGGCCAUCACCUUGGCACUGCACUUCUGUGACCUGGUGCACAUCGCGGGCUUUGGCUACCCUGACACGGCCAACAAGAAGCAAACCAUCCACUACUACGAACAGAUCACGCUCAAGUCCAUGGCUGCGUCGGAGCACAACGUGUCACACGAGGCCGUGGCCAUCAAGCGGAUGCUGGAGCUGGGACUCGUCAAGAACCUCACCUACUUCUGAGGAUGGCACAGGGACACCGUCCCCCUCAGUGAGGGGACACCGUCCCGUGCUGUGAGGGGACACUGCGCUGGCAUGGCCAGAGUGACCGAGGGCACAGCAUCCUUGUCACCGCUGCCACCACGCCCUGGGACUCUUGGAGCGGGGCUGGGGCUGGGGGCCGCGCUGGACCGUGGGUGCCCAGGGUGGGGCAGCUCUUUGGGGGUGCAGGGAGCCCGGCAGGGCCGUGGCCCGGCCCCUUUUCUACUGACACACUGAAGCUACCGAGGACUCGGAGGGGGAUUUUGGGGUAGGGGGGUCCUCCCUCCCAGCGGGCCUGAGGGGGUGAGUCAGGGCAGGAGCCUUGCCCUGGACAUUCUCUUUCCCUUAAUUCCCUCAUACACUGACGAAGGCCCUGCUGAGGGGCUGAUUUUCGGGGUCCUGGCCACUCUCUCCCUCAGGGAAUGGGAGCCUUUGGAGGCUAAUGUUGCCUCCUCCCUGCCCUGGACCUCCUCACAAAUAUUUAAUCCCCCCCUUU